AUGAACUCACCCGCAAACAUGAACGCCGCACAGAACGAGAUGGACACCAGAGUCACGAUGAUGCUGAACAGAGCCUUCACGCUGGCCAUCAACCACCUCGACGGUGAAAGUCAGCAGUUUGCCCGCGACCUGCACGCCGCCAGCAUCGAAUACUACACCAACGGGCCGCAAGCCAUCAAGACCAGCAUGGCCAGCCUGAUCCAAUCCAGCUCCGACGUCCCCCGCGCCACCGCCGCCGCCAUCAACCUCCUCGUCGACGCCAUCAUCAACAACACGCCGCACGGCGCCACCAGCCCCCCCUCCAGCCCCGCCAACACCAGCAGCAACAACACCAGGCCCCCCACCCAGGCCAUCCAAUGCCUCCGCGUCAUGCUCGACGACGCCCGCGCCCAGGCCACCUGGGAGCGCACCACCCUCCGCCCCGCCCCAAACACCACCACCCCCGGCAACGGCAACGGCGGCCCCACGCCCUUCUACACCACCCUCUUCACCCCGGGCGGCCGCUACCUCCGCCCCGCCAACACCACCACCACCAACGCCGGCGGCAGCGCGGGCACAGGCCCUAGCCAGGCCUUCGACCAGCACGCCCGCCUCCACAACACCCUCUUCUGGCACCGGGCCGGCGCGCGUGCCCUCCCCUUUCCCUACACCUGGCCGAUGACCGGCGGCGGCGGCGGCAACGGCGGCGACAGCAACGGCGGCGACAACGACAACGACAACGGCGACGGCGACUGGGCCGACGCGCGCACGGUGGAGGCGCUGAACCGCGCGUGGCGGUACUGGCUCGCGCGGCUGGGAUACGCGGAUCCGCUGGGGGAGCACCGCGGGCCGUGGGCGCGGGAGGAGCGGGAGUUCGUCGCGGGGCUGAUGGGCGAGGAGGGCGACGGCGAGGAGACGCGGAUGCACGACGUGGAGGUCGUGGAGGCGCUGAAUGCGGCGUUUGCGGGGAGGAUGGUGAGCUUGAGGUGGAUGGGGGAGGAGGUGGAGGUGGCGUUUAGGGCGAGGGGCGUGCUGGGGUUGAGGGAGGGGGUGGAGGGGGAGGGGGUGGCGGGGUGGAGGCGGGAGCGGUGGGAGAGGGAGUGGGAGGAGGAUAGGGCGGAGGUGGAGAGGCGGGGGCGGAGGGGAAGGGAGGAGGAGGAGGAGAGGAGGAGGAGGGAGAGGGCGGUUCUGCCGGCUUGGUUGUGGGGUGCGCUGGGAUGA